CCGAUUGGCAAAUGAAAUGGGCUUGUUAGUGGAUUGAAGAAUGGUGCGAUUUGGCGGUGGCAGCAUAUGCAUAUGACAUUCACAUGUGCAAUGACUCACCACACCUUCUUCUUUUCCCCUCCUUAACUCACCACUCUUUCCUUUUCAUCUUUUCAAUCCUUGUUCUCCUCCCUUCGCCGGCGAUCGCUGUCGCGGCCGCUACCGCCGCCGUCUUCUACCGCCCCUCUCCUCCCUUCUUCCCCAAUCCAGCCGCCGCCUCCUCCUUCCAACAGAUCGCCGAUCUCGGCCUCUACGAUUCCAUCAACGUUUCAACAAUAGACAUGUCGAAAUCUCGAGUCUACGCUGACGUCAACGUUGUUCGCCCCAGGGAGUAUUGGGAUUACGAAGCUCUUACUGUUCAGUGGGGUGAUCAGGAUGACUAUGAAGUUGUUCGAAAAGUUGGAAGGGGAAAAUAUAGUGAAGUUUUUGAAGGGAUAAAUGUGAACAGCAAUGAGAAGUGUGUAAUCAAGAUUCUCAAGCCUGUGAAGAAAAAGAAAAUAAAAAGAGAGAUAAAAAUUCUUCAGAAUCUUUGUGGAGGCCCAAAUGUCAUCAAACUAUUGGAUAUUGUCAGAGACCAGCACUCAAAAACUCCUAGCUUGAUAUUUGAGUUCGUGAACAGUACAGAUUUUAAGGUCUUGUAUCCAACAUUGACAGACUAUGAUAUACGUUAUUACAUAUAUGAGCUUCUCAAGGCUUUGGAUUAUUGUCACUCGCAAGGAAUAAUGCACAGGGAUGUUAAGCCUCAUAACGUGAUGAUAGACCAUGAGUUGAGAAAACUCAGACUCAUAGAUUGGGGCCUUGCUGAAUUUUACCAUCCUGGAAAAGAGUACAAUGUUCGUGUAGCAUCAAGAUAUUUCAAAGGGCCUGAGCUGCUAGUCGAUCUGCAAGACUAUGACUAUUCCUUAGACAUGUGGAGCCUUGGUUGUAUGUUUGCUGGAAUGAUAUUUCGUAAGGAACCUUUCUUUUAUGGCCAUGAUAACCAGGAUCAGCUUGUGAAAAUUGCAAGGGUGCUUGGGACCGAUGAGUUAAAUGCAUAUUUGAACAAGUAUCAGUUAGAGCUUGAACCACAACUUGAAGCUCUUGUUGGAAGGCAUAGCAGGAAACCAUGGUCCAAAUUUAUGAAUGCAGAUAAUCAGCAUUUAGUAUCUCCAGAGGCCAUUGACUUUCUGGAUAAACUUCUUCGCUAUGAUCACCAGGACAGGCUCACAGCAAAAGAAGCAAUGGCACAUCCUUACUUCAUGCAAGUACGGGCUGCAGAAAACAGCAGGAUGCGGACACAGUAAUCGGGCACAGACACAUGUUAUAGAACGACUUUGAUACACCCGUUGUGUUUAGAUGGCCCUAUCAGUAAUAAGACUCGUAUUCUGUCGUUUCUCGUUUGAUUUAUAUUUUCCUAAAUCAUAACUGUCAUACUGUUAUGUUGGUCAAAUUGCUGUUAUUUAGCCGUCUACCAUGUUUAUGUUCAAAUAAACUAAAGAUUCUUGAACAUAUCAGAUAAUUUUUGUUACUUUAAUUCACUUGUAUUAAAGACCGAGUACUCAUCUUGUAUUGGUU